AAAAAAAUUUUUUCUUUUGCAAACUUUGUAAACACUCUUUCAACUCUAUCAAAUUUCCAUCUAGUUAUUUUACAUUAAAUACAACCUGUAAAUAUUUUUUUACUGGCUUUAGGUUAAAGAAGUAAAAUUUUGUAGAUAAGUUUUAAGAGGUUUUACAUAUUUUUUGACUUGUUUUUUAACUGAUACUACGCCACACAGCUGAUGACUGGAGAAUUCCGUAAAUGAAUAUUAAUAGCAAAAUAUAUGAGAACACUUAUUAAGCAAAGAAUUCACCGUGAAAGCCCAAUAUCUUUCUUUGAGAUCUUAAUUCCAACUCUUACAACACCAUUAUCUCAUAAAGACAAAAUAAAAUAUUAUGGCAAAUGCGCAAGAUCGAUUUAAUGAGAGAUAUGACGACGAUAAGGAUACAUAUGAAAUUAUUCUUGAUCAUAAUCAAAAUGGUAUAUUUAAAGGAGAAUUAAUUAUCGAAAAUUUUACCGAGUUGCAGUAUGUGAAAGUAGCGGGAGAACCAUCUUGUAGAGGAGGUUUAACUAAACUAAUAGUUAGAAACUGUGAAGAAUUGACUCGUUUAGAUUGUAGUAUUAACAGUAUUGAUAAGUUAAUUGUUACUGAUUGUUCGAAAUUAGAGGAACUAGAUGUAUCUAGUCAAUAUCGUAUGGUCAGUAAUGAUUUGGAAGUGAAAACUUUAAGUGAAAUAAACAUAGGAGAGAUAGGUCACAAAUUAAAAAAAAUCAAUGUCUCUGACAAUAAAUUGAGAAAUGCAGAUCUUUUAGAUCUUUUAGGCAGUGAUAAUCCAGAUUUAAUUGAGAUCAAAUGUUCAAGUAAUAGUUCAUUGAGCCAUAUAAAUGUUAAAGGUUUUCGAAAACUUAAAAAGUUAUACUGUGGUGGUAACCAGCUUUCCAAAUUAGACCUUACGGAAAAUUCAGAAUUGGAAGAGCUGUAUAUCGAGAACAAUGGAAUUUGUGAAGAUGAUUUAACCUUUUUAUCACAUUUAACGAAGAUGAAAGUUCUCUCCUUAGGAAACAUAAGGAGUACUAAUUUAUCAUUUUUCAACAAUUUCGGUGGUUCCUUGGAACCUUUAAAAAGAAUGCGAAGAUUAGAGAGACUUAUUAUUAUUGGCAUCAAUAUUGAUGAUAGUGAUCGACAUUUGUUGCCAAGGAAUUUGAAAAUUAUUAAAGAAUAAGAGAUUA